UGAAACUCUUACCCAUGAGCUAUAGUAACGGAAAAGAAGUGUUACAUAAGAAGCUUUUAAGGCAGCCAAAUGCCUGUGCAACAUUUCUGCACACCAUUGCAAGCUUUCCACAGUCCUUGCCUUAAGGAGCGAGCAGCUUAGUUCUUCAAGUUCUAGAGGAUGUUGUCAGAAGGGUACCUCUGUAUAAUUCCUUAUCAUGAUCUUAUGAAUUACAAGCUCACUUGCAACCAAGGAGAAGAGGCAGUACAUGAGAUGAGGUCUUUGAAUGGUAUCACCUAUGACUCAACAGAGGAAACACAGGACAGAAAUCUCUUUUGGAGGUGUAAGUCUGUUGGCAAGUUCAUCUUCUCUGUUUGUUCCAAUGAAAACAGAAACAGUAGAAGGCAGGUGGAUACGCAGACUCCAAAUCCAGUAUUGGAAAGGCAAAUAUCUCCAGCUGUGGAAAUCUGUACAGGACCUGCUAUAAACAGAGACACUUACCUAGUUCCACCUUCUUGUAAAAGCAUUUGCAAGAAUUACAAUGACCUGCAUAUUGCUGGUGACCAGGUACUGCCUAUGAGUUCAGUUAAAACAGAUUUUACCUAUGACAGUGGGAUAGGUCCAUUCCUGGAGUCAUCAGAGAUCCCACCACCCAUGGAAUCCAUAUCAAUUCCACCUGCUGAGGUCCCUCGCAAGCCAACCAACAGGUAUUCUUCAUGCUGGAGAGUGGCCAGCAUCAUGCAACACCAGCAACCCCUCUCAAAUUCACUACUGAAUAACUACUUGGAGGAGAAGGUGGUAGAGCUGUACAAGCAGUAUAUCAUGGAUGGCAUGGGUAGCAGUGCAUCCCCUACUCAGAUCUUGGCAUCGGAAUUCAUAAUGACCAAUGUAGAUCAAAUCAGCACGAAGCUAUCACAAGAAAGGAACAUGAAGACCACCCAAGCCAAGGAUAUGGUCAUUAACUGCCUAUUGCGACUAGCCAGUGGGAAAAUCUCCACUGAAAUGAGCACUCCUAGUCUUCACAUUUCCCAGUUUAGCACUGUGACUAAAUAAAUAAAGUCUGCAAGUCCUAGACAGAAAUCUGAGAUUCCCCCCCCAAUGUAAAUGCUUUAUGCUUCCUUCCAAUAAUCCUACUUCCACAUUUCCACAUUUUAUUAACUCAAAUGUGGAUGUUGUCCCAUUGCAUUGUACUGUUUUUUUUAUCCUAAUGAGAAGGAACAUUGGCCCUGUUGCCUUGGGAAUGGGGACCAUUUUGUAUCUACCUCCCUUCACCAAGCAGCAGCAGGUUGGAGGAAUGGUGGCUUCAAGCAGGCAUGAAGAAGAGCGUUGUUUCCCCAUUGGAAGAUUUUCCAAUUAAAAAUUAAACCUCAUGGGAAUUCAGCACAGUACUAAUUCUAAAUAUCCCUUUUAGUGUGCAAUUAUUUUCCUCUCUUCCCAAUACCUUGAGCCACCAAGUGCAUUUCAACCCCCUUAUUGGGUUUUAAUGUACCUACUGUAUGUGCUGUUUUUGUCUGUCUGCUUGGGUGGCUUUAAGUCACUUUUGUUUGCCCUGGCAAUAUAAAAUGACUAACAAAUUUAAUAAGCCAACAAACAAACAAACAAACCAUUGUGUAGAUGACUGUGUGUCUGCCAGGUGGUGUAGGAGUACACAACACCCCCUAUCCCAGUGCCUAUACUGUCCUUGCUUUUCCCAUCACACCUUGAGAACUCCAGAAAUUGCCAGAGGGGCCUAUAGAGCAUCUGUGGAUCCUGAUUGCUUGAACUCCUGAUUCUGCCUGAGACAGCUUUUAAAAAAAUGAUGGUAUUUCCUUGCCCACUCUCUCUUGUUUACAUUCCUAUUACUUGUAUUCUCUCCCCCUGUGCCCUGUGGAACUCCUGGUCCCUCGUGUUCCUUAGCCACUCUUGCUUAUUGCAACUAAAGCUAACGUAUGUCUAAUUGAAACAACCACAUAUUGUCCCCUUGCCUCCCUACCCCUACCUCCAUUUCUCUUCCAUUUUAGACCAUAGGCUCUUCCCACCUCACUGUGUCAUAUCUGAUGAUGAGGAUUGAUGGUAACUGGUUUGACUUGACUUGAAAUUUGCAUUGCACUGGGUAUCAAUUGCCAUAGGUCUUUGCCACUUGAACAAAAAGAGAAACUGGAUUAGUUUUCUUUUUUUUUAU